AAUCGUUUCAACUUAAUUGAAAGGUCAAUACGCGCCUCUCCGCCUAUCCUUUGCUCUCUUGUGGACUUUUUCAUCAAGACGCUAUGAGUCAGGCUUCAAUUGCCGAGGCUGCAAAAGUUGCUCUUAAGGAUGCUUCGCGAUUUCUCUUUUUUAACGAGCAGGGAGCAGUGCUAGCUUCUAGCUUCACCGUCGAGCCAUCGGAGCUGAAGCCCCUUGAGGCGUUGUACUCCGACCGCGAUGAGGCCAUCAAGCAUGGCAUGGUGGUGCUAGGGACACGAUACGAGGUCCAUCGCCACCACCCACCCCUCAUCUACGGUCGGACCAUGGGCGCUGUGCCCGAAGAGAGCGAGGGAUGCGCCAUCUGCAAGAUUGCGAAGGGCCUCGAUGGGCAAGCAUGCUAUGGGCUCAUAACGUACCAGAUGCCCAACAUCUCUGCCAGAAUGGUUCCGAUGCUUCAGAAGUUUUGCCAGGAGCAUUUAGAGGCCAAAUGAACUUAGCGGCUGGGGAAAAGCGAAGAGAGAUUGGGCUAGAGUAGACGACAGGCGGGGGACGUCCUGAGCCGCGGAGCUGAGCUCGUGGAUACGCAGGUGCAUGGAGCUGUUUGGGCGGGCGUGGCUUAUGGAACUUAAGCCUCGUGGAUGCGCCAGCAGCUGCCCUAAUAACGUGUCGGGUCGAUGUUAAUCCCGUGAGGACGCUCUCCUUCUUCUUGACACGGUGGCGCAUGGCAUUUGGUGCAGUU